AUGACUGAGCACUUAGAUAAUUUCCUUGAUACGAAAUCAAUUCAUAUUAAUGUUGCGGAUUAUACCAAGCAAAAUCUCAUUACCUCAAAUUGUCCGGUUCACAGAAUCCAUGUUGGCCAGUUAGGUGCUAAUAAUCCCAUAGAGGAUAGAUGGAAUUGUUGUUUCAUAAAAGAUGGUGAGUCUAUUUCAAAAGCGGUAUUUACAAUUAUCGACGGACAUUCUGGAUCGGCUUGCAGUCAUGCUCUAGCUUGGAUUUGUUUGGAAUACAUCGCAGCUUCUCUUAUAGAUACUAAAAAUGCUAUUGACAUCUUGCAACGCCUCAGUUCUUCCGAAGAUGUUGCAGACAACGCCAAUUGGAUUACUGAACAGCCUACGCUUUUCAAUAAUAAAGGGAAGAAUGUCACCAAACGCUUCCUAAAAAACCGUCUUCCACCUCUGGAAGUUCGACAGUUUUUAAUCGAACGGUUGAUCAAAUACAUGGAUGAUAUCAAGUUAUCUCAAGUGCCUGAUGAGGAGUUUUGUUUUGUUUUCAUCCCUAAAGUCGAUUGCUAUUUAUAG